AUGGAGGAGGUGAACAUGAAGGAGGUAAACAUGGAGGUAAACAUGGAGGAGGUAAACAUGAAGGAGGUGAACAUGGAGGAGGUGAACAUGAAGGAGGUGAACAUGGAGGUAAACAUGGAGGAGGUGAACAUGGAGGAGGUGAACAUGGAGGAGGUCAACAUGGAGGUAAACAUGGAGGAGGUAAACAUGGAGGAGGUGAACAUGGAGGAGGUGAGCUUAUUUUGGCGCUUUCUGUUGACGCCACUUCCUGCUUUGAGUAUAACCAAUCAGCACAGAGUAAACCUGAAGCCCCGCCCAGGAGUCUUUCAGGGCCGAACACAGUACCGACCCCGAGGCAGCGACUAG